AUGAGUCAAACGGCCAAUUCCUGCCCGCAGCUGGUUGAGAACUGCCCGGCGCCCGUGGCGGGGAUGGCACAGGAGGACGGUCGCCACGGGCAAGUGCCGCCCACCUUCUACCACGGGGCCAGCCAGGAGCUCGACCUGUCCACCAAGGUGUACAAGAGGGAGUCAGGGAGCCCCUACUCCAUGCUGGUGGACAGCAAAAUGAGCAAACCCCACCUCCACGAGAGGGAGGAGCAGCCUUAUUUCAGGGAGAACAGAGCGGUAGGAGAGGUCCGGGCUGUGAAAGAAGACAGAGAGAACUCUGACGACUCUGAGGAGGAAGAGGAGGAGGAAGAUGAAGUGACUUACAAAAGGGAGCAGAUUAUAGUAGAGGUAAACCUUAACAACCAAACCUUAAAUGUAUCAAAAGGGGAGAAGGGUGUCCCCUCCCAGUCCAAAGAGACUGCUGUUCUUAAGACCAGCAGUGAGGAAGAGGAGGGUGACAGUGGGGAAGAGGCCACUGAAGACAGUAAUGAUUAUGAGGAAAAUGAGAGGCAGAAGAAAAAGGAGAAAAGAGUGGAAAAAGUUAGUGUUGCACAAAGGAGAACGAGGAGAGCUGCCUCUGCUGCAGCAGCCACCACCUCCCCACCACCCAGAACUACAAGGGGUCGUAGAAAGAGUGUGGAGCCCCCCAAGCGUAAGAAGAAAACUGCAAAGGAGCCCAAGGCACCUGUGCAGAAAUCAAAGUGUGAAGAGAAGGAGACUUUAACCUGUGAGAAGUGCCCCAGGGUGUUUAACACACGCUGGUACCUGGAGAAGCACAUGAACGUCACUCACAGGCGAAUGCAGAUCUGCGACAAAUGUGGGAAGAAAUUUGUGCUAGAAAGUGAGCUGUCCCUUCACCAGCAAACUGACUGUGAAAAAAAUAUCCAGUGUGUUUCCUGUAACAAAUCCUUCAAGAAGCUCUGGUCCCUCCAUGAACACAUCAAGAUUGUCCAUGGGUAUGCAGAGAAGAAGUUCUCCUGUGAGAUCUGUGAGAAGAAGUUCUACACCAUGGCCCACGUGCGCAAACACAUGGUUGCACACACCAAGGACAUGCCAUUCACAUGUGAAACCUGUGGGAAGUCCUUCAAGCGCAGCAUGUCCCUCAAGGUGCACUCCCUGCAGCACUCGGGGGAGAAACCCUUCCGCUGUGAGAACUGUGAUGAGAGGUUCCAGUACAAGUACCAGCUGCGCUCCCACAUGAGCAUCCACAUCGGGCACAAGCAGUUCAUGUGCCAGUGGUGUGGCAAAGACUUCAACAUGAAGCAGUACUUUGAUGAGCACAUGAAAACACACACUGGAGAGAAGCCCUUCAUCUGCGAGAUCUGCGGGAAGAGCUUCACCAGCCGGCCCAACAUGAAGCGGCACCGUCGGACGCACACGGGGGAGAAGCCGUACCCCUGCGACGUGUGCGGGCAGCGCUUCCGCUUCUCCAACAUGCUCAAGGCGCACAAGGAGAAGUGUUUCCGCGUCACCAGCCCCGUCACCGUGCCCUCGGCCGUGCCCAUCCUGCUCUCCGCCUCCUCCUCCCCCGCCGUACCCGCCGUGCCCCCCCCGGCCCCCGCCCCGGCCGUGCCCCUGAGCCCCGCGGGCGCCGCUCCCCCCCGGCCCGUCCCGCACCCCUACCAGCACCUCCACCUGCACCCCCACGCCCACCACCCCCACCACCACCUGCCCGUGCCCCCCGUGCCCCACCUGCCUCCCCCCCCGGCCCUGUUCAAGAGCGAGCCCCUGAACCACCGCGGGCAGGGCGAGGAGCCCUUCCUGCGGCACCUGGCCGAGAAGAACAGCCCGGCCCAGCACCACUGACGGGCCCGGAGGUACAGGGCUCACUGGGGGAGGAUCUCUGGCUCAGCUCCC